ACACUGGUUGACGCAGAUAACCCGAGUUUAAAGGGCGGAUAAAUGAUGUGAAGUUGGUCUAAUUCAAAUUUCGAUGCGUGGUAAAAAGAAGAAAAGCCAGCUUAAUUCUAAUAUCGACCCAGGACAUUGUGUUUACUAAACUAUUUAUAAUUUAAAAGUCGUAUUUGGCGGUAAAAACUAUUUGAUCCGUUGACCCUGUCUCAUGAAGUGCUCCAAUUUUUGAAAUGAUAACAUUGUCUAAUUCUGAAAUACGCAAAGCACGGCAAUUACACGAAAAAAGAAUGGUUAAGGGAUUGACUCUGUUGAAUUACUUUUUAAAGACUGGUGAUAUAUCAGAAACACAAGACAUGUCUUCUGUGACCCCUCCUGCUAAUGUCACUGAUCAGCAACUCAAUGGUAGUGCAUACUUUGAAGACAGUCCAGAGACGAACGAGAAUAGUGAAGCUAAUGUAAACGAUGAGGACUAUUUAGAAAUGGUUUUAAAUGUAGAAAAUGAACUUGAAGGUAACAGUGAGCAGAUCCAAUUGUAUCAUCAAUCAGCGCGUAAUCCCAAAAAUCUGGAUAAGAGUAGGAAGAGAAAGAAGAAGAAAAGUAAGAAACAUAAGGAACUUCUUGCAGAUGAGAAUAACGAUGAUAGUGUUAUUGCUGACGAAGAAGAGAAUAAUGAUGACGGCAGUUCAAAGAAAAAGAAAAGAAAAAAGAUUAAAAAACAUGAAUCAAUCACAGAGGAAAACGAAGACAGUAACAUCGGAGACGUUCUUAACAUUGACGAGGUUGAUGGAGUGAAGAAAAAGAAAAAGAAACAUAAAAAACACAAAAAGGAGGAGGACGACGAGGAGGAGGAGGAAGAAAUAUUUUCACAUGAUGCUGAAGUGAAAAUAGAAGGAAGUAUGGACGUUGAUGAUAGUGACUGUGCAAUUAGUAGUGAUGAUGAUUUUGGUAAUGGUCCUGCUGUCAAAAAUAACAAAAUUGAUGAAGGUCAAAAGAAAGUGAAAAAAGAAAAGGAAGAAUCCAAUCUUUUGAUAUCAAAAAACCGAAAACAGAAAUGGCCAAAAGAGGACGUAUUAAGACUUUUAGUUUCUCUUCAAAACAAUUUAUCAGAUAGUAAAACUUUGAAAACUGAAGAACUUUGGCAACGUGUUCAGUUUGAUUCCUACACACCUGAAGACUGUAAGGAUAUGUAUACAGCAGCUGUAUCAAAAGUUCGCAAGAUUCGGACAAUGCUGGAAAUUGUAAAAGAUGCUAUCAAGAUAUUACCGACAUUAAACUCUCCCAAAACAUAUACCAAAGCACUACCAAAGCCGAAACCGAUGACACCGUUCAGAUUGUAUAUAGAAUCGCAUCGUAAAAAAGCAUUAAAGAAAUUCCCACAACUUCGCCAAAUCAAUAUAUUAAACCGUUUAUCAAAACAGUGGAUAAGUUUGGACAAUAAAAAGAAAAUGAAAUACAUUGUGCAGGCACAAGAUUGGGAAAAGAAAUACUUGGAAGAAGUCAAGGAAUACAAAAGAGUGUACCCAGAUUUUACAAUGAAACCCGUUUUCUCAAAAUUUGAACAGAAAAUGCUUCUUAGAAGGCUAGGUAUUCCUGAGAAGCCUUGCAGUAAUGGUUUUGGAUUGUUUAUCAAAACGUCUGGCCAUCUCCUUGUUGAUGUCAAAAGCACCGAAAGAAUGAAAGGACUUAGUAAAAUUUUUAAUGACUUACCAGCAGCUGUGAAAGAAGAUUAUGAAAAUAGAAAUAGAUUGGAAAAAAUAGAGUAUCAAGAAAAAGUUUAUGAGUAUGUUAGUAAAUUGUCUCCCGAAGAAUGUUUAUUAACAAUAAAUAGUAAAUUAGUAGAGGAACAACUGCAAUUGAAGAAAAGGAGUCGACCAGCAUCCGCCUUUUUGUUAUACUACAGUGAAAAUAAAGAUUCCUUACCUGAUCUUUGCAAAACUGAAAGAUAUAAGACUCUUCAGAAACGGUGGAAAUUGCUGCCCAAAGCUUCACAGGAAUCGUACAAAUUGCAGAGGAAAGAAAUGCAUAAGUCCCUGAAAUCAAAGACUGGCAAACAGAAAAUAGCUUCCUCUUCUGCACCAGCAGCAGCAGCAAUAUGAUCAUCAUCAAAACAUUUCUUUUAAUAAAACACUCUUUAUUACAUA